AGUUCGUACAAGGCAUAUUUUUGGUAGGCAAAGUACAGCUAUCCAAAGCCAAAAAAUCCCAGCGCUUUCUACAGUGCAGCGACAAAUUGUAAAAGAAUGCAUGGAUAAAGCAAAGGAUGACAUCGCGGAAAGAAUAUAUCGGAGGAUUUUUGAGAGGCGAAGUGAUUUCAGGAAAUUCAUCCUUGCAUUACCUGAUAAGCAACGAUGGGCAUUGACGGAUUCGUUACAUAACUAUCUAAAAAGUGCUGUAAAUCAAAUAAAAGAUGGAUCAGCCGUUCGGAAGAUUUCGGAAGAUUUUGGAGCCUUUCACGUUCAGUAUCGAUCUUUCGGAUUCCGUCCAGAUUUUUUUGUUUCAACAGCAGAUGCAGUAACUACUGAAUUUGUUCUGCUUGAUGCCGCGGUACAUCAAGCCUCUGAUACCUUGUGCGCUUGGUCAACGCUAACAGGUUUCAUGUUUAGUUCGGUACGUGAUGGUUACUACCAAGAACAGCGACAAAUCAGGAAAGCAUCACAAUGCUAUGGAAAAAGUGGCAAACUCUCUUUCAGGACGUCAUCUGAUCAGAACCAUCAAAAUGCAAACAAUUUUGAUAAGAGAGGAAGGUAA